GUCAAACGUCAAUUGAUUAUGUCAUAUAUUAAGUUAACGUAAAAAUUUAGGUCUAUUUAAUAAAUACCGGCUUUAAGAGAUUUAUAUGAAAAAUUAGAAACACAAUUAGAAUAAAACGAAAUGAUUUUCUUUAAAAGCGUGAGAUAUCUCUACCUUACCAAACACAAUUUCGCAGCAGAAAAAUCUUUGUUAGCCACCCUUCGUAAAAAGACAGGUUAUACUUUUGCAAAUUGUAAAAAAGCUUUAGAAAUGCAUAACAAUAAUAUAACAGAUGCCGAAGUAUGGUUAAAACAACAAGCUCAGGCUCUAGGUUGGUCAAAAGCGACUAAACUAGAAGGCCGACAAGCAACUCAAGGACUCGUAGGAGUCGCCGUUGAUGAUAAUUCGGGAGUACUCGUAGAAGUUAACUGCGAAACUGAUUUCGUAUCUAGAAAUAAAGAAUUUCACGAUAUGGUGCAAGAAACAACUAUCAGUUGUUUAAAUUACAUUAAGAAUCAUCAAAAAUCACCGAAUCAACUUAAUACCAAAAUAUUUCUGGAUAGCGAACAGUUAAAACAGUUAAAAACACCUGAUGGUAAAAUUUUAGCUGAUCGACUGGCUCUAAUGAUUGGUACCGUAGGAGAAAACGCCAUUUUGAAAAGAGCAAUGUGUCUUAAAGUCGGUAAUGGCGUUUAUUUGACAGGUUAUGCACAUCCUUCCGGUACAACUAUCGAUAAUAUUCAACUAGGGAGGUUGGGUGGUUUAUUAGCUUAUAAAGUGUUGGAAAAAAAUGAAACUACUAUCGAAGUUGCUAGAGGAAUCUGUCAACAUAUCGUCGGUAUGCGUCCUACAAAGUUGGGUUGUAUAACCGACAAACCUAACGUUAAUAAAGAAGAUGAAACGUGUCUUAUUCAUCAAGAAUAUCUUCUAGAUGAUACUCUAACAGUUAACGAUGUUCUCAAUUUACAUAAUAUAGAAAUUGUUGAUUUUAAACGUUUCGAAUGUGGAGAGAGCGCUAAAGCCGUUGGUGAUCAACCAUUGGAAUACGUUGAAACUUGUCAAUAAAUGAUUUUUUAUAUAGUUCACUCUAUUUUGUUGUUUUUUCAUUAAAAUAUAUUGAAAUUUG